GCAUGCGCAGUACUUGACAUUUUGAAGUCGCUUCUCCGGAGUGUUUGAACAGGAAGGCGGACAUGUUGGUCAGGCUGUGUGAGAAAUUCGGUCACAGUCUGCGAUUGUUUUCCGAAAAAAUAACCUUCAAUCAAGUGGGUUCGUAGCGCUGUCCCGCGGAAGAGUUCCGGCAGCUGGACGGGGGAUAUUCGACGGCCUUGACAGAGUCCGGGGCGAAGCGGAAGAGCUGCCGUUCAACGCUCAGCGACUCCUCGUUUUAAACUAUUCGAAAUUUGGAAGAAGCAGAAGUUUUUUCUCCACCACUUCUACUUUUGAGCUGUCAGAAUCAGUCCAGCGUUUCCUCCAAAGGCCUCCGAAACAUGGAAUCAGGCCCGGACUAGACAACUUUCAAAUACUUUUUAUUUUAUUUUUUCAGUGACGAUUUUGCACGAACGAAUUAUUUGUCUUUUGUUUGGAUGCAGCAACGUUUUAAGCUCUUAUCCUCAGUGGCAUCCUAAUCUGUCGCCGCAAUUAUCUUUGCACGGAAGUUGUUUGCCACUCAUGGUCUGGAAAACAUCUUCCGACUCCGAAAAUGUGGCGUGUUCAGCGCAUCUUCAACAUUCUCUGUGAAAAUUUCCGGAGAACGAUGCAUUUUCUUUGAAGAGCGCCGGGAAAGUUUGCACGAAGAAAGGGACGUUUGGCUAUCUAGCUAGCGCUAAAGCUAACUAGCCAUUCCACCGCCUCGCCAGGGAGCUUUUUUUCUUUGUUUUUAACUCAACAAGAGGACUAAGUUUGGCAGGAAAAUGUCUUCCGAGAUAAACAUGGAGGGUCGGUUUGAAAAAAUCGAUGCCAUGUUGAAGGACCCCAAGUCGGAAAUAAACACGGAUUGUCUUCUGGAUGGCUUGGAUGCUCUGGUGUAUGACCUUGACUUCCCUGCCCUAAGGAAAAACAAGAGCAUUGACAACUUUUUGAAUAGAUACAAAGAAACCAUUAGUAAAAUCCGGGAUCUACGUAUGAAAGCAGAGGACUAUGAGGUGGUUAAAGUUAUUGGAAGAGGAGCGUUUGGAGAAGUUCAGUUGGUGAGACACAAAGCUACGAGGAAAGUGUACGCCAUGAAGCUGCUGAGCAAGUUUGAAAUGAUCAAGAGGUCAGACUCUGCUUUCUUCUGGGAGGAGAGAGACAUCAUGGCUUUUGCCAACAGUUCAUGGGUGGUUCAGCUCUUUUUCGCAUUCCAAGACGAUCGCUACCUCUACAUGGUGAUGGAGUACAUGCCCGGCGGCGACUUGGUCAACUUGAUGAGCAACUACGAUGUCCCAGAGAAGUGGGCUCGCUUUUACACUGCUGAGGUGGUUCUGGCGCUGGACGGGAUCCACUCCAUGGGUUUCAUUCACAGGGAUGUGAAGCCUGACAACAUGUUGCUAGACAAAGCAGGUCACCUCAAACUUGCAGACUUUGGGACCUGCAUGAAAAUGAACAAGGAUGGAAUGGUACGAUGUGACACCGCGGUAGGAACUCCGGACUACAUUUCCCCCGAGGUCCUGAAAUCCCAAGGAGGAGAUGGAUACUACGGCCGAGAGUGUGACUGGUGGUCAGUGGGAGUCUUUCUGUUUGAGAUGCUCGUUGGUGACACUCCCUUCUACGCCGACUCGCUCGUUGGGACUUACAGCAAAAUUAUGAACCACAAGAACGCCCUGACCUUCCCAGACGACAGCGACAUUUCCAACGACGCAAAGAAUCUCAUCUGUGCUUUUCUGACGGACAGGGAAGUUCGACUCGGCCGUAAUGGCGUGGAUGAAAUCAAGAGACAUCCCUUCUUCAAGAACGACCAGUGGACGUGGGAGAACAUCCGAGACACCGCCGCUCCGGUCGUCCCCGAGCUCAGCAGCGACACCGACACCAGUAACUUUGACGACAUCGAGGAGGACCGGGGGGAGGAGGAGACGUUCCCCAUACCAAAGGCCUUUGUGGGGAACCAGCUCCCCUUCGUCGGCUUCACUUAUUACAGCAACCAAGAUCUUCUACGCAGCUCCACUUCUGCAAAGACCUGCGAAAAACAUAGCAGUUCUGCAAAAGAAGACAAGAGUCACCUGGAGAGUCUGCAGAAACGGAUCUACCAGCUGGAGGAGCAGCUUCACAGCGAAAUGCAGCUGAAAGAUGAGCUGGAGCAGAAGUGCAGGACAUCGAACACAAGGAUUGAAAAAAUGGUGAAGGAACUGGAUGAGGAGGCAAACCUCAGAAAGAGCGUGGAGGCCAGCAUGUCUCUGCUGGAGAAGGACAAGAUGAUGCUGCAGCACCGAUUCACCGAGUACCAAAGAAAGGCCGACCAGGAGGCGGAGAAGAGGCGCAAUUUGGAGAAUGAAGUGUCAACUUUGAAGGAGCAGCUGGAAGACAUGAAGAAGAUCAGUCAGAACUCACAAGCAUCAAACGACAAGAUCGUCCAGCUGCAGAAGCAGCUGGAGGAGGCCAACGACCUGCUGCGCGCAGAAUCCGACACGGCGGCGAGACUCAGGAAAAACCACACCGAGAUGGCGAAGUCCAUGAGCCAGCUGGAGAGUUUGAACCGGGAGCUGCAGGAGAGGAGUCGGGCUACGGAUGGAGAGAAGGCGCAGCUGGAGAAGGAGCUCCUGCUGCUUCAGAGCACCCUGGACUCGGAGCGGCGGAACAGCAGUCUGGGCUCCGAGGAGAUCAGAGAGCUGCAAGCGAGGAUGGCCGGUCUGCAAGAGGACAACCGGAACCUGAAGCUCAGCCUCUCCAAAGCGGAAGGAGAACGGAAGCAGGCUCAGGAAAGAAGCAACAACCUGGAGAAGGAAAAGAACAACUUGGAGAUCGACCUGAACUACAAGCUGAAGACUUUGCAGCAGCGGUUGGAGCAGGAGCAGACGGAGCACAGGGUGACGCGGGCGCAGCUCACCGACAAAUACGAGUCCAUCGAGGAGGCCAAGUCGGCCGCCAUGAACGCUGUCCAGCAUAAGAUGUCGGAGGAGAACAUCGCGAGGAUGAGAGCGGAGAGCCGGGUUCUGGAGGUUGAGAAGCAGUGCUCCAUGUUGGAGUUUGACCUCAAGCAGUCGGUGCAGAAAAUGGAGCAGCUGAUGAAGCAGAAGGAGAGGCUGGAGGAUGAGGUCAAGAAUCUGAGAGUCCAGCUGGAUCAGGAGUCCAACAAGCGGGUCAUAGCCCAGACGGACCUGAAGAGCCGCUCGCAGGACCUGGACCGGCUGAGGUGUUCAGAGAAGCAGCUGAAGCAGGAGAUCAACACGGCGCUGGAGAACAAACGCUCGCUGGAGUUCCAGCUGGCUCAGCUCACCAAACAAUACAGAGGCAACGAGGGACAGAUGAGGGAACUUCAGGACCAGCUUGAAGCCGAACAGUAUUUUUCUACUCUUUACAAAACUCAGGUCAGGGAGCUAAAAGAGGACAUGGAGGAGAAGAACCGGCAGGUGCAGGACGCUCAGAAAAGGGUGCAGGAAUUGUGCAGUGAAAGGGACUCCCUGUCUGCCCAGCUGGAUCUGACGGUGACUAAGGCCGAGUCGGAGCAGCUGGCCCGGGCGCUCCAGGAGGAGCAGUACUUUGAGCUCAACCAGGAGUACAAGAAAGCCGUGGCUCGGCACAAGCAGGAGCUCGGAGAGAAAGAGACCAUCAUCGCACGGCUGGAGGAAUCAAACAACACUUUGAGCAAAGAUGUGGAAAGUCUCAGCAAAGAAAAGACCGACUUAAGUCAGGAGCUCAACACUCGGGAGGAAGAAUAUAAAGCACAAAGAGAAGAAACUGAAAAUGCGCUCCGGGCGCAGUACGAGAAGAUCCUUAGCAAUGAACGCACGCUGAAGACUCAGGCCGUCAACAAGCUGGCGGAGAUCAUGAACCGCCGGGACAUGAAGGCGGACCAGAAGAAGAAGGGAAGCAUGGCCGAUCUGCGCAAGAAGGAAAAAGAGAACCGCAAGCUUCAGCUGGAGCUGAACCAGGAGAAGGACAAGUUCAACCACAUGGCCAUCAAGAAUCAGAAGGAGCUGAGCGAGAUGCAGGCGCAACUGUCAGACGAAUGUCUUCACCGCAACGAGCUGCAGAUGAUGCUGGCCAGCAAGGAGAGCGACAUCGAGCAGCUCCGGGAGAAACUCAACGACCUGCAGCAGCGCAUCGAGAACUCCAGCAUCACCAGCCUGCAGACCGACGAGACGGACAGCAAUAUAGCAGAGUCCAGGUUGGAGGGUUGGCUGUCGAUUCCUAAUCGCGCUAACAUCAAGCGGUACGGCUGGAAGAAGCAGUACGUGGUGGUGAGCAGUAAAAAGAUUCUGUUCUACAACGACGAGCAGGAUAAGGAGCAGUCCAACCCCUCCAUGGUGCUGGACAUCGACAAACUGUUUCACGUCAGACCAGUCACGCAGGGAGACGUGUACCGAGCCGAAACUGAAGAAAUCCCCCGGAUAUUCCAGAUCCUGUACGCCAACGAGGGAGAGUGCAGGAAGGAGUCGGAGGUGGAGACGGCUCCUCAGGGGGACAAGACCAACUGUCUGCCCCACAAGGGCCACGAGUUCAUCCCCACGCUGUACCACUUCCCCUCCAGCUGCGAGGCCUGCUCCAAGCCUCUGUGGAACGUCUUCAAGCCCCCGCCCGCCCUGGAGUGUCGACGCUGCCAUGUCAAGUGCCACAAAGACCACCUCGACAAGAAGGAGGACGUCAUCGCUCCCUGCAAAGUAAACUACGACGUUACCUCAGCCCGGGACAUGCUCCUGCUGGCCCUGACCCAGGAGGAGCAGAAGAAGUGGAUCGGCCAUCUUGGAAAGAAGAUCCCCAAAACCCCCCCGGCGUCCUUCUCUAGAACCUCGCCUCGCUCUCUGUCCACUCGCUCCAUACCCAACCAGUCCUUCCGCAAGAACCCUAAAAGCAAUACAGCGAAGCUCAGCCGAGCGCAGUCCACCCUCCAAGCAGCAGACACAACAUCCAGCACUUGCUGACAGGAGCUCCUCCCAAAGCGCUGACGUAGUUUUAGUCCUUCAGUUUUAAGUCUGUCUGUCCGUUCGUGGUGUCGCUGGGUUCUUCUAACAACACCCACUUCCUGUCGGUCGGUGGGUUCUGGGCGGGGACACUUCACUGACAUGUUCUUGGGUUACUAAAACUAACUUCAGAGGUUAUUCUCCAACUUUCACUGUAGACACUCAGAUGAAGGGUUUUCUCUCCUUAAAACGUGGCGGCGGCGGCAAAGUGCUUCCCUUUCACUGGACACCCUGUCCUCUGUUCUGUCUUCCAGCUAACCAUCUGAAGCGUUGGGAUCUUUUUCUGGACCCUGAACUUUCUCCUCUUCCUCAACACAAAAAUGGGAAGCCUGUACUACAAAAAGAAUUUAUUGAAAAGACAAAAAAAAGAUCUUUAUUAGACUUAAGGCAUCAUAAACAUGAAAAGGCCGAUCUCCUCAAGAACUCGUCUGAACUCGCAGCUCUUCGUUUCUACCACAAGAUGGCACUCUUGCAUGAAGAUGGACAGCUGCAUUCUGUGCUCAAGAAACUGGAGUGUAAAAAAGUAAAAGUGGACUUGUGCAAGUUUUAUUUUAAGGUACUUUUUUUUGUCCAUGGAGGGACUGUAGAUCUGAAGGUUUGGUCUGAGGGGAGGAAAGUGAAUCUCUGCUCUGUCAUUUCAUCCCCUCAGCUAAAUGCAAAAUGUUGAUUCCAACUCAAAAAUGACUGAUGCCUUUAUCUAAUGUUUAUGGCCUUUCCCCUGUAUUCUCAUCACUCUGCAAGGUGACCCGGUUCUGGAUAUCAAAGUGGGACUUUAGUAUUAGACGUUUCGAGUAUUGAGUGAGAAGCAUGCAAGAUCAUCAUUUAAAUCUAUGCAUUAUUUUUAUUGUAAUUUUAUUGCUCCAAGCCAUAAAGUUUCAUUGUAAUGGCAUAUAAGGAGUCGUUAAACGUAAUAGUUUUUUUUUUUUUGGUACAUUGCUUCUGUAAUAUUUUUUCUUGUAUUCAUUUUUUUGUAAUGUGUUGCCUUACAUUGAUUCAUAGAUAAAUGGCUCAAAAGGAAAACAUUAAGUUAACAAAUGUAAAACUGCACUGUUUGACUUGACUGUAAAUUAUUUGUAGAAGACUAAAGCGGUGUAGCAGACGGCCCACCUAGUGCCUUAACAUUUGGAUUUUUGAUUUUACUGCCAUAUCUGUUUUUGUCUGUUUCAGCAAAAAUCUUAACUCUUCCAUCACAGAUUUUUUUGUUUUUUAUUCAAACUUGCUUUAUGAAAAUUAAACAAAACAAAAAUCUCAUUUAUUGAAAGAAAGAGAAUUCAGGUGAGACCAACAGUUUUGGAGAGAAUAUUAAUGCAAAUCCCCCCCAGUGUAUAUAAGGAGACGUUCAGAUUAUUGGAAUACCUCUACAGUCAUUUGGAUUUUUUUCUUUUCAGGAAAAAAAAAAGCACUGGAAAAAUGAUCUACUCCUGUCUGGAUAAUUUGCAUGGAUAAAUUGCAUUGGAUUCCGCACUGAUGGAUAUGUCAAUAAACAUAUCUUUAUUGUG